CUGUUUUACUUUGUUUUAUUAGAUUCCACAAGUUGUAAAAAAUGUCCUGAAGACAUGUGGGCAAAUGAGGAACACAAUGGCUGCUGGAUGAGGACCUUGGAGUAUCUGACAUUUAAUGAGGCCUUAGGGGGCACAUUGGCUACUUUAUCUGUUGUGGGGUUUUUAUUUCCUCUCAGUAUUCUAACAAUAUUUAUAAAAAAUUCUGAGACUCCAGUUGUCAAGGCGAACAACCGUAAUCUCAGUUACCUUCUCCUCCUUUCCUUGUUUUUUUGCUAUCUCUGUGCUUUAUUGUUCAUUGGUCAUCCUGUUACUAUAACCUGUAUUCUCAGGCAAUUUAUAUUUGGAAUCAGUUUUGUCAUGUGCAUUUCAUGUGUCUUGGGAAAAACAAUCAUGGUGGUGAUCGCCUUCAACCUUACAAGGCCAAAGAGCAGUGGGCGAAUGUGGUUGAAUUCUCAAGUAACUAACACCCUGGUGCUUGUGUGCACAGCUAUACAAGUGAUUAUAUGUGCUGGGUGGCUUGCACACUCUCCUCCUUUUCAGUAUAAUGAUAUGAAAUCUAAAUCAGGCACCAUUGUUAUGGAAUGUAAGAAGGGAUCCCCAAUUGCUUAUUCAUGCACAAUGGGAUAUAUGGGGAUUUUAGCCACUUUAAGUUUUGUAGUUGCUUAUUUUGCAAGAAAGUUGCCAGGCAGUUUCAAUGAGGCCAAACUGAUCACCUUUAGUAUGUUGAUAUUUGGAGCUGUUUGGAUCUCCUUCAUCCCAGCCUACCUCAGCACCAUAGGGAAGUACAUGGUGGCAGUUGAGGUAUUUGCCAUAUUGUCAUCCAGCAGUGGGUUAUUGGCAUGUAUAUUUUUACCUAAGGCCUACAUUAUUAUUUUAAAACCA